GGGGACGGGAGAGGCCAUUCAGUGGUCAUCAGUCGCUCAGUGUGGAACUAACUCUCCGGUCAGUAUGAAGAUAGUCGCGGUGACGUUGUUGGCGGUCGUGGCCUGCGGGCUCGCUGUCGCGGGAGACGCAGAGGACCGGGCGGCUCUAGCCCCCGUCCUCAACAAGAAGUACAAGCUGGCGUCCAGCGAGAACUUCGAGGAAGUGAUGGCCGCCCUGGGAGUCGGCUGGAUCACCAGGAAGCUCGGUAACGCCGCUUCCCCCGUCAUCGAGUUGACUGAGAACAACGGAGAAUACAGCCUCACUUCCAAGUCCACCUUCAAGGAUACCGACCUCCGCUUCAGGAUCGGCCAGGAGUUCACCGAGGAGACCCCCGACGGCAGGAUGGUCAAGUCCAUCAUCACCCAGAAGGGCAACGUCCUCACCCACGUCCAGACCGGAGUGAAGGUCACCACCAUCGUCCGUACAUUCACGCCGGAAGAGAUCAAGAUGGUCAUCACGGUCGGAGACAUCGUAUCCACCCGUAUCUACAAGCCUGAAUAACCGCAGGUGACUUACUACACUGUUCCUUUCCCACUUUCAUCAUCGUAUUUUCCCAUCGGAUCAAACAAUAAUGGUCUUUCAGUUACGAUUUCCAUGUUAAUGUAAGGACAUCACUCUUAAUAAUUUAAAUAUUGCGAUUGAGGCCUUAAGAGCGAAAAUUAUUUGUCAUAUUUUCUGUAAAUCCAGUAUCAUAAAUUGUGUUUUAAAUGUGAGCAAUUUCCAUCAGGAUAUUUGAUUUAAUAUCGAUCAAUCAUUCACAAAACUAAUUUUAAGUAACUAUAUUUAUUAUUUAUAACCUGACGUUGUCAAUACACUUUAGCUGCUUGACAAUAUGUAAAGAAAUAGUACUUAACUGUCAAAUCUGUUAUUUUAACGUAACGUUUACAUUUUGCUGCUAGAUAAUCGAGUAAUAACAUACGAAAUAAAAUAAAUAGAUCUAUUAAGUGUGACCAAUUUCUAAAUGUUAUUAAAAAACUAUUCUCACAAUCGACCCAAGUAUUUAAUGUGUAUUAACUAUUUUUACGUAUCUUAAAAAUAGACGAUUUGUGAUUUUCGUAGACAUGAAACCUGUGAUUUAAACCACCGUUGUAGUAGAUUCGUUCCAGUUUUUUUUACCAAACAUUUUGUUUUAAUUGCAUUACAAUUAAAUAUUAUUUGUACUGAUUUUUAAUUACAUUAAAUUAGUUUUAGUAUAAA